AUGGAUCAAACUCUCGACAUCUCCAAGCUCAGCGAAGCCGACAAGAAGGAGCUCACCCAGUUCCUGCAAAACGAAUCCCAGAAGAGCGCUAUCCAGCAGAACGUCCACCACAUCGCCGACACCUGCUGGAAGAAGUGCAUCACCUCGAAGAUUUCGUCCGGCCGCCUGGAUAAGACUGAAGAAGCUUGUGCGUCAAACUGUGUCGACCGGUGGAUGGAUACCAACCUUGCUGUUCUGAAGCACCUGGAGACUCUGCAAAGGCAAUAA